UCUCUCUCUAUCUCUCCAUUAAUUCCUCUUCCAUUCCCACCUCUCUCUCUCUUUCUCUCUCUCUCUCCCGAACUAAUCCAAAACCCUAGCGAUCGAUCGAAUGCUCUCCCAUUUCUCGUUCUAAAUGCAAUAAAAGAAUUGAAAAAAGUAAUUUUCCGAUCCUCGUAGCUCGGAUCCCAAUGCCGUGGAGGGCGCAGGCGAUGGGCCGCGCGAUCUAGGGCUUACGCCGGAUGCCUCGGGGGCGGAGCGCGACCGCCGACCCCGCCGGCGCCGGCACCGGCGCCGGCGCCCCGCGGCGGUGGUGGCGGCGGCGCCCCCACCACGCGCUCCUCGCGGCCGCGUCGCUCUACCUCCUGUUCAUCUCCUUCAAGUUCCACCGCUUCCUCGAGAUCGCCGCCCUCGUCAGCGGCGACGACGCCUUCGCCGGCCUCGACCGGCCCCCCUCCUUCUCCUCCUCCGCCGCCGCCUCCGCCUCGGCGGCGCUGGUCGGCGGCGGCGGCGAUUCCGGGUUCCACCGGAGGCUCGAGGAUAGCCCUAGGAAGGAGGAGCAGGAGGAGGAGGAUGAGAAGAUCAUCAAGCCGUUCUGGCACCGGUACAAUCCGGUGCCGGUGUCGGAGAUCAUGAACCGGACCGGGAACCGCACGGAUCUCGAGAGGUCGGCCGAGGAGGCGUGGGAACUCGGCAUGAAGGCGUGGGACGAGCUGAAGAACUUCGAGCUACAAGGGUUGGACCGUUUGACUACGAUGGAACGAAAGCAAGAAUCUUGCCCCUCAUCAAUUUCCGUGGCGGGGGCUGAGAUGGGGGCUGAAUUUGGGGAGGAGCGGCUGAUCUUUUUGCCGUGCGGCCUUGCUGCCGGAUCAUCAAUCACGGUCGUCGGAACGCCACAUGGCGCGCAUAAAGAGUAUGUGCCGCAGCUUGCGAGGAUGAGGCAGGGGGAUGGUACAGUGUGGGUUUCGCAGUUCAUGGUGGAGUUGCAAGGGUUGAAGGCGGUGGACGGCGAGGACCCGCCUAAGAUUUUGCACUAUAACCCUAGAUUGAGAGGGGAUUGGAGCCAGAGUCCGAUCAUCGAACAUAAUAGUUGUUAUCGAAUGCAGUGGGGCACGGCAAUGAGGUGCGAUGGAUCGCCAUCAAAGGAUGAGGACGAUAGAGUCGACGGAUUCAUCAAAUGUGAGAAAUGGGUACGCAAUGAUAUCGUUGAUUUAAAAGAGUCCAAAACCACUUCGUGGCUGCGGAGGUUCAUUGGUCGUGCAAAGAAGCCAGCGAUGACGUGGCCUUUCCCUUUUGUCGAGGGAAAGCUUUUCGUUCUUACACUCCAAGCAGGCGUCGAGGGUUAUCACAUUUUUGUUGGUGGCCGACAUGUUACUUCAUUUCCAUAUCGACCAGGAUUCACUCUUGAAGAUGCGACAGGGUUAGCUAUCAAGGGAGACGUUGACAUACACUCAGUAUAUGCCACUGCUCUUCCUCUGUCGCAUCCAAGCUUUUCUCUUCAGCGCGUCCUUGAAAUGUCGGACAAUUGGAGAUCUCAGCCUUUGGUGCAAAGUCCAGUUUUUAUCUUUGUCGGGAUUCUCUCUGCCUCAAACCAUUUUGCUGAGCGCAUGGCCGUGAGGAAAACCUGGAUGCAGUCUUCAGAAAUCAAGUCGUCUAAUGUAGUGGCCCGCUUCUUUGUUGCUCUGAACCCAAGGAAGGAGGUCAAUGCGGUGCUGAAGAAAGAAGCGGAAUACUUUGGAGAUGUCGUAAUUUUGCCGUUUAUAGAUCGUUACGAGCUGGUAGUUCUUAAGACAGUUGCCAUUUGCGAGUACGGGGUCCAUAACUUAUCUGCUGCAUAUAUAAUGAAAUGCGAUGACGAUACAUUCGUGAGGGUGGAUGUUGUUUCGAGGCAAAUCAAGAAGAUUGCCAGUGGGAGACCUCUUUAUAUGGGUAACCUGAACCUCUUGCAUAGACCACUUAGAACUGGGAAAUGGGCAGUUACAUUUGAGGAGUGGCCAGAAGAUAUAUAUCCCCCUUAUGCAAAUGGACCAGGCUACAUAAUAUCAAGCGACAUUGCAAAAUUCAUCAUCUCUCAGCAUGCUAAUCACGGUCUUAGGCUGUUUAAAAUGGAGGAUGUGAGCAUGGGCUUAUGGGUUGAAAAAUUUAAUUCAACUACGGCUGUUCAAUACUCUCAUAGCUGGAAAUUUUGUCAAUACGGAUGCCUCGAGAACUAUUUCACAGCUCAUUAUCAAUCUCCACGGCAAAUGCUGUGCUUGUGGGACAAGUUGGCGCGGGGUCGGGCCCACUGCUGCAACUUCAGAUGAUUAAUAAGGUCUCUUUCUUUCUUCUCUCUCUCUCUCUCAUGAAUUUUUGUAAAGGUGGAUCCAUUGUUAGUUGGUUGGAAUUGAACAUGGGGGGUAUAUUUAUAGUAGUUUCAAUCAAUUUUUUAAAAUAUUAGCUUCUAUCAUGUACUGAUUUUUCUUUCUUGCAAUUUCUUAAUGAGAUUGAGUGAAGGAGAUUUUUAGUUGGCCUUCAAUACAUUGUUCGUCUUUUUGUGGCUUUCGAAUUCAA